GAAAACAAAACAACUGCAACUACAGCCUGUCUCUACUGUCUCACCACUUUCAACAGGAUGCACCAACAAUCAAAUUGCAACCAACUGCCAACAACAAUAAAAAUACCGCAAUCCUCUCGCCUACGCAAAUACACCAUUUAUCUGUGUCCUCCUCCCACCAACACCACCACAACCAGCAUCUACAAGCACAUCAUCAUCAGGCCAUCACACCACAACCACAAGUUCAAUCCUCUCCUGCCUUCCUCUCACUCUUACCCCGUUCGCUGUCCUCACUUUCGCUGGGCACGCGCAAAAAUAAAAUUGAUAAAGAUUUAAUUACUGCGCCAUUGAAUAAUACAACGGAUUUUCUACAUCAUCACCACCAACACCAUGCCAACAACAACAAUGCGACCACAUCACCGCUGCCGCCCUACAAUAUGUCACAAUCGUUGCAUCAACCGCAAACACAAACGCAACNACCAUGCCAACAACAACAAUGCGACCACAUCACCGCUGCCGCCCUACAAUAUGUCACAAUCGUUGCAUCAACCGCAAACACAAACGCAACAACAACAACAACAGCAUCGCAACUCAGCUCAACAGUCGCUCUUCUACCAGCAGCAGCAGCAACAACAACAACAGCUGCAGGCGCGCCUCAAAGAAACGCCAAAAUCGUCGAGCUCCAAAAGUAAAAAUAAAUUCGCCGCUCAAGCGAAAACGCACAGCAUACAAGAAGAUGUACCGCCGCCGUUGCCGCAACGCAAUCCGCCGCGUCAGUUGCAGCUAGACAAUAACGGCAACAACGCGGCGGGCGUAAUGAGCAAUAGCAGCUGCAGCAACAGUGCGUCUCUAUUUGCACCCAUUUCCGAUCUAGACUUGGCUGGCAGUCCGCAAGGUAAAUCGCCGCAACCAACUUUGCCGCCACCGCCGAGUGCGUCUGCGCAAAGCAGCGCAGCCGCGGCAUCCUCAUCACAAAAGAAACGCUCUAAAGCCAAGACGAAAGCGCUCUCCGAUCCAAAGAUGUCAACGCAAAUGUUCCUACAAAUGGAGACGUCAGUGGGCGCCAACGCGGCCGGCGGUGCGGCAGCUGAUGGCAGCAACUGCGAAACUGAUUGCGUACCACCGCCGCUGCCGCCGCGUCAACCCGGCAUGCUGGAAGAGUCAGCAUCAGCGCAUAGAGGCAGUUUCUCGAAUUUGAACGUGGCUGGCCAAGGUGGUGGAGGUGGUGGUGUUGGUCCGCGACCGCCGCCCAACAGCAUCGACACUCUGCUCAACUAUCCGCUCGUGUCCACCUGCACACCUAUACAUCGCGAUAAUAUGACGGCGGCAUUCCCGCUAUCGCAGCGCCCCAACAUCGUGCAGCAAUUGCAGCAACACCAGCAGCAGCAACAACAACUGCAACACAGCAAUAGCUGCGCAGGAGCUGCAACAGCAGCUGUCUUGGGGCAGACGCCACAAAAUUUGAAUAAUCUCAACAAACAUAGACGCGUGGUUUCAUCACCAGAGAAUAUGCAUCCCAGACAUCCAGAUCGCUUCAACAAAACCACUUCUGGUUCCUGGGAGCUCGCGGAGAAGGAUGACGAAGUAACACCGCCUGGCACACCGCCGCCCCCGUAUCUGAACAUGUCUGGCGCGGAAGAGCAACAGCAUUCGGCGCAUGACAGUAGUGGUGGCGGUGGUGGCAUAUUUAUCGAAUCACAUCACUUUACACCACUCGCUGGCGCAGCUUCACCAACACCACCAAUCACCACAACCAUCGCCACCGCACAUUCCAAUCGCAUUUUAGCCGCACAAACGAACGCCACCCAAAAGGAGAUCAUCUCCAUGGAGGACGAAGAUGCUUCCGAUCAGGAGGGUCCAUUCAUCGAUGAGAAUGGCCCCUUUAACUAUCUGCAACGCUUGCUUGAGUCAGAGAACGUCGCCUUCCUGGCGGUCUUUCUCAACUACGUGCUAUCCAACUCGGAGCCGGCGCCGCUGCUCUUCUACCUAAUUACCGGCCUGUAUAAGGAAGGUACGGCCAAAGAUAUGCGCAAGUGGGCAUAUGAGAUACACUCAACAUUCCUGGUGCCGCGUGCGCCGCUCUCCUGGUACCGCAAGGAUGAAUCGCUGGCGCGCGAGGUCGACAAUGUGCUGCAAAGCGAAUUCGAUAAGGUGGAAAUUUUACGUAAAGUAUUCUGGAAGAGCAGAAAGUGUGCGCGGGAUACGAUUUGUGCGCAGUUGCGUGAAUUCCAGCAGACGCGUACCGAAGGUUUGGGCACAAUUUAUGGGCCGACCGAUGCGCAACUGGCAGAGGCACGCGGCGAUAAGCAACGAGAGCAGCAUAUCUUUGAGGAGACGCUCAUGCGAAAGCUGCAGGUGUUGAUUGAAGAAUAUGAAAAAGACUUACCUCUAGAGGAUCCCAAGAAAUUGGCGCUUUGCUCGGCGUUAUCAACUGUAAUACAUCGUAUAUUUAUAACACGCUCGCAUCCGAACAGUAUUGUGGAUCGUGUGCAUCACUUUGUUAGUCGUGAGAAGAGUUUCAAAUCGCGUCUUAUGGGCAAAAAUCGGAAAAUGAUUGUUCGUGGUCAUCCAUUGGUAUUGCGACAAUACUACGAAGUGACCCACUGUAAUCAUUGUCAGACAAUUAUCUGGGGUGUGAGCCCACAAGGUUACCAUUGUACAGACUGUAAAUUAAAUAUUCACCGUCCCUGUUCGAAAGUGUUAGAUGAGAAUUGCCCAGGUCCGUUGCCGCAGUCGAAACGAAAAGAACCACAUAACGAUAACAAAAUCAGCAAAUUUAUGGGAAAAAUACGGCCGCGGACAUCGAGUGACUUUAUUUCAAUGGAAAAACGCGCACGUCACGAGGAAGAUUUCGAUCCCACGGAUUUUGCAAAUGGUAAGUUUAACUGGAGAAAAUUAAUAUUUUUAGGAAAAACUUUUUAUUUUGUGAGAACCACCUGUAAAUAA